AAGGAUAUCGAAGGUGUUUUCACACACUUUGAUUCUCUUGAACUAAGUGCUAUACCAGCGGUUGAAGUCGCUACUCCUGCAACGCCCAGUUGGAUUGCCCAUCUAAGUUGGCAAAUGAAUUCCACUUUUGUUGCCCCUGGAGACACAUUCUUGCUUCUAAUGCCUUGUGUCUAUUCAGUUACUCUGGGAAAAGAUACAUUCGAAUUGAUAGCCGAAGGCAAAACCUAUGCUAUAUGUCCAAUUAAUAAUGGUGAACUGUCGGAUCAAGACUCCUUUUUGUAUUGUACUGUCACUGAUGAGAUUAAUAAUGGAGAUGUGGUGGAAGGAAAGGCAUUCAUUCCUGUCACUUUUAAUAUUGGGGGACCAGGCGGCAGUGCUAAUCAGUUAUGUGCGCAAAACUUUGUUCCAGGAUUGGGUCAAAUUUACUUCGACGAUGGUUCUUAUAGAUUGAAUACAGAAACAAAUUUCGGCGAGACUGCAGAGUUUGGUAGAUUGGCAACUGAUCUGAAUAACAUUGUCCGUUAUGUCCCAUCGAGUGAUAGCUUUGAAGGAUUUGCAUCAUCUUCAUCAUCAAGUUGCCCUGAUGAUUCCACCUUCAACGAAUUAACCUUGAUGGUGCCUGGGGCCACCAUUGAUUGUGAUUCCGUUAAAAUAAAUCUUGCAAUGUCAUUAAACUCAUGG